CAAAAAUGGCUGAUGAUCAUCCACAGGACCAAACUGAACGUCAUCGCAUUUUCAAGAGCUUUGACGCCAAUGGCGAUGGCAAAAUCUCUGCGGCAGAGCUUGGGCAUGCCUUGAAUCAAAUUGGCUCCAUCUCGUCGGAUGAGGUGCAAUAUAUGAUGAAGGAGAUUGACACUGACGGCGAUGGCUUCAUUUCAUUCGAAGAGUUCACCCAUUUUGCUCGAGCUAAUCGCGGUUUAAUAAAGGAUGUUGAUCAUCCACAGGACCAAGCUGAACGUGAUCGCAUUUUCAAGAGCUUUGACACCAAUGGCGAUGGCAAAAUCUCUGCGGCAGAGCUUGGGCAUGCCUUGAAUCAAAUUGGCUCCGUCUCGUCGGAUGAGGUGCAGUAUAUGAUGAAGGAGAUUGACACUGACGGGGACGGCUUCAUUUCAUUCGAAGAGUUCACCGAUUUUGCUCGAGCUAAUCGUGGUUUAAUAAAGGAUGUUGCCAAGAUAUUCCACUGAUGUCUCCAUUUGUUUGUUUGUUUGUUUGUUUCUUUUUUUCUUUUUCUUUUUCUUUUUUUUCAUAUUUUUAUGUCAUCUCCAUGUUCAUUUAUUUAAAGCUAUAAUAUGUGUGGGUUUUCCAAGUA